AGCAAUUCUGAACAAAACUCUUGGGAAAAAUGGAUAAAGAAUCUAAUUUAAACCUAAUUUAAGCAUUAUCAUAAAGAACUUUCAGCUAUAUCUUUCUGUAACAUAUCGCUUAAUUUCACCGAUUUUCACGCAAAAGUCUGAAGUAGUUCAGUUCAUGCGAAAGACAUUAGCCAAACUACAUGGUGUUUCGCUCCAGUCGGUUUCCUCUGGUAGUAGAAUGUCACCAAGAACCGGACUUCCUGAAUUUAGUCAAUUGGCUCCUACUACUGGUCAUUUAAUGCAUCCACCUCCUAAUGAUAAAGAAGUAAUGAAUAGAUCGAUUGAUUUAACGUUUGGUUUAAUCGUUGUGAUACUAAAUAUCGCUGAAAUUAUUCUAAUCAGCAGAAUUAAACGAAAAAAGAAAAUAUACGAAAUAUGUAUUCUGAGUCUCUCCGUUACAGAUUUGCUUUUCGGAAUUUCAAACAGCGUUGUCAGUGCAAUAUAUCUUUCAAAAAAUGCUCAAAAUGAAAGCAUAUUAGAGAUAACAUACACAACAUAUUUUUAUUUCGUCUUAAACUCAAUACUCCACUUGAUUUGGAUAACUUUUGAUCGCUUGUGGUUGGUUCUAAAACCCUUGCAGCAUAGAGCCUACGUUUCAAGAAAAAGAAUUUGUAUCGUGUUAGCUGCUACAUGGAUCACUUCAACUGUUAUAGCUGCUUCUCUUUAUGCAUCAGAUAAGGUAUCAGACGCGUUCAUCAAGUCCUAUGUCACAACAUCUUAUGUUAACACAGCAGUUACCAACAUAACAAAUGAUUUCAAAACAUCUUCAACAGUAGCCCCAACAAUGUUCACCUUACCGGAAAUGAGUACAAAACUUUGGCGCACAAAACCUAAGUUAGAAGCAAUCAGGAAUGUUCGUAGAGAAAAGACAUAUCAGGAUACAAUGCAGCUUGUGUUGUCUGUAUUUAUUAUUAUAGCCGAUGUAGUAUUAAUUUCCACUUAUGGGAUGAUCAUAUAUCUACUUAACAACUCACUACGAACAGAGAGUAUCAAUCAUAUGUGUAUCCAUUGUAGCUAUAUUCGUCAUCUUCACUUUACCAUACGCGCUAGUCCGGCUUAUUACAAAACACGUACCAUUAUGGGGAAAUUUAAUGUUGAUUUCAAACAGUGGUUUAAAUAGUAUUAUAUACUUCUUUCGUGGAAAAUGUGAGAAAUAUCAAGAAAAACGAGCCCUAAAAAACGCACAGAUAAUUUUUACAGUGUCAACUACAACUUUUUCAACUCAUUGUUGAUAAAAAUUACAAACUGGAAAGAACCAAAAAAAGCAUUCUUCGUCCUUUUAAUAUAGUAUUUUUAGAAACUAGACUGUUUAUUAACUCAAAAAAUUUAUAAUGUAUUAAAAAAAAUAUACGUCUGAUCUAUUACAAUAAAUAAUUGCAUGUAAUAUAGGCUUUAGAAUAACACACUUUAGAAUAAAACGAUAUAUUUCUGGUCAAGUAAUAUGAAUAUAAAUGUGUGUAAAUUUUUUAACUCGUUUGGAUUAUUUUAUAGAGUGCAAAUUUUUCCUUAACAUGCGCUUACAAGGAUUGUAUUUUCAAAUUAUAUAGCGUUAGAGGAGAUCUUUUUUCAUAACAAGAAACUUUUUUGCAUCUAUGUACAUUUAUAGUUGUUUUAUUUUACUUAAAGGAUGCACGUAAUGACUGCUAGUCUUCGCUUUAAUGGAUUGGUUAGAAAUCAGGCCUGUGGAGUGAAAAGUUUAUCAGUACUGAGGGAAAAAACAAUUUCACAUUUAAACAUCAUACUUAACAUUUAAAGUGAAUAAAAAUAUCAAAAUAGUCUUUGGUAUCCAUAAUUUAAUCUAUGUAGGCUAAUCUAUGCUUUCAAACCAAUGCAAUGAAUUUUCUUUCCUUUUUAACAGAACUUAAAAUAGAGAAGAUAAAAAGCUUUUUUAUUAAGAAGUAAUUUGUUUGGUAUUUGUUUUAUAGCUUUGUUAUCGUAUUGAAAAUAGCUUGAAAUUCUCAAUAUUAAUACAUAUUUUUCUUUUAACUCAUAUUUACAUGACUUAGAGAAUAAUUUUUAUCUCCUAAUUUUCCAUCCGUAGUUUAUAGAAGCCACGAUUUUUGCUUAGACAAACUACAGGUGCCGCUGGAUAAGUGAAACUUUCCUUGGACCGAAGAAAAUGGUUUCACUAGCUUCGAAGUUUCCUUUAAACAAACAUUAAUUUUGUCAAAAACGUCGUUCUGUGAAAAAAAUAUAGAAUUCAUAAAAAUACGGUUGUCUAAGCUUCGAGAAAGGGUAAUUUAAGACAUAAGUUCAAUUUACGAGAAUUACUUUUAUGUAGCCACUGAGUUGUAAUGUAUCACCACGCUCAUGAUUCGAAUGUAAAAAAGCACAAUCAAGCGCUGGAAGUCCGGAAUUUGUUUUGAGAAUGGAGGAAAAUUUCCUGUUAUUUUUAAUUUAAAUUUAUUCUACUGUUGUUUAUCUAAAAACAAUAAUAACAUAAACAACUCAGGAGCAUUUGAAUUCAAAAAAAAUGAGCAACGUCGUGUACUGGGUUAAAUCGACCUAAUGUUCUUUUUCAUUUCAAACGAAAAUUAUUUUGUUUAUUUAAUCUCUUCGCCAUUUAGUAUUUAAAAUUUAAUUAUAGACAGAAAAAAAACCUUGAAGAUUCCUAUAUUACAUCACGGAGCCGACUUUAAACAAUUAAAAAAGAAACUAAAAAAAACUUCUAUUUCACAAGGGCAUCACGUAAAUUAUCCUUUAAUAAUUAUUACACUUGUUACUUUUAUUUCAUGUAUUAUGCGGUUUCUAAUGCAUCAACUUUGUAUAUAAAAUAGAGUAAACUUUUAAUUUUUAACUUUGUAUAGUACUGAUGAUGACGUAAGCCGAAAAACAUUUACUUUUGAAAAUACAUAUUGAUUUUUUUGUUUUGUUUUUAUCUUUUAGGAUUUAUAUCUGCAAUAAUCUAACAUUUUUAUCCUUUUUCUCAGGUAGCCAUUUUAACCAACCAAAGUUAAAAUAUUUUACUCCCAACUUUGCGUUUCCCCCUUAACUGUAUAAAUUCAUGCAAACGUGCCCUUUUAUUACUUUUUUCAGGCUAGUGUGAUCCAGCUUUAAUUUCCUAAUUAGUGUUUUUAACAAAACAAUGUUAAAAAUACCUAUUGUGAAAAAUGGAUAAGGAGUUUAAUUAAAACUUAAUUACAACAUUAUAGGAAAGAACUUUGAGCUUGAUCUUCCUUUAACACACCGUUUUAUUUCUUGCAACAUUUCUCACAAAAGUCUGAACAAGUUCAGUUUUAGUUUAUGCAAACGACAUUAAACAAAGUACAUAAUGUUUCGUCCUAGUCUCUUUCCACCUGGUAGCAUGCAACCAAGAACUGGACUUCCUGGAUUUAGUCGAUUGCCUCCUACUGGUCAUAUAAGGCCUCCACCUCCAUCCCAGGGCCCUAACGAUGAACAAAUGAUGAAAAGAUCGAUUGAUCUAACGUUUGGUUUAAUCGUUGUGAUACUAAACAUCGCUGAAAUUAUUCUAAUCAGCAGAAUUAAACGAAAAAAGAAAAUAUACGAAAUAUGUAUUCUGAGUCUCUCCGUUACAGAUUUGCUUUUCGGAAUUUCAAACAGCGUUGUCAGUGCGAUAUAUCUUUCGAAAAAUGGUCAAAAUGAAAGCAUAUUAGAAAUAACAUACACAACAUAUUUUUAUUUCGUUUUAAACUCAAUACUACAUUUGAUUUGGAUAACUUUUGAUCGCUUGUGGUUGGUUCUAAAACCCCUGCAGCAUAGAGCCUACGUUUCAAGAAAAAGAAUUUGUAUCGUGUUAGCUGCUACAUGGAUCACUUCAACUGUUAUAGCUGCUUCUCUUUAUGCAUCGGAUAAAGUAUCAGACGCGUUCAUCAAGUCCCAUGUCACAACAUCUUAUGUUAACGCAACAGUUACUAACAUAACAAAUGAUUUCAAAGUAUCUUCAACAGUAACCCCAACAAUGUUCACCUUACCGGAAAUGAGUACAAAACCUUGGCGCACAAAACCUAAGUUAAAAGCAAUCAGGAAGAUUCGUAGAGAAGAGACAUAUCAGGAUACAAUGCAGCUUGUGUUGUCUGUAUUUAUUAUUAUAGCCGAUGUAGUAUUAAUUUCUGCUUAUGGGAUGAUUAUAUAUCUACUUAACAGAGAAAAGAAAGUCACAACAGCAUCACCAACUCACUACGAAAACAGAGUAUCAAUCAUAUGUGUAUUCAUUGUGGCUACGUUCGUUAUCUUCACUUUACCAUACGCACUGGUCCGACUUAUUACAGGAAACGUUCCAUUAUGGGGGAAUUUAAUAUUGGUUUCAAACAGUGGUUUAAAUAGUAUUAUAUACUUCUUUCGUGGAAAAUGUGAGAGAUAUCAAGAAAAACAAGCCCUAAAAAACGCACAGGUAAAUUCUACAGCUUCAACAACACCCCUUUCAACGCCAGGGCUGUUGAUAAAAAAUACAGACGGGAAAGAAACAAGAAAACUUUCUUCCUCCUUUUAAUAGAUUAUUUUUAGGAACUGGACUACGAACUCUGACUACGAAAAAUAGGAAAUGUAUUUUUAUAUAUAUAUAUAAGUUAUAUACCUGUGAACCAUGGCAAAUGUGUGCAUGUAAUAUAGCUUUUAAAGAUAACACACUUUCCAAUAAAA